AUCAACAUUAGCAUUAGCGUUUAGCUCUUACACAAGGACGUUUAUCUACUUUAAACGACAGACAUGAGCAAACGAACACAUGUACACGUUUAUCUCUCAUAGCGAAGCUAAAAUGUUGUUUCGGUCUGCGGUUCUUUAGUAGUUAACGUGGCUAAUGCUAACCGGCAAGCUGCUACUCCCGUCAGAGAGCAGAAGCUAAAUUCCCUUACAUUUGUCACGUUAUGCCAGACAUUAUUGUAUUUAGAUGAACACACAGCAGAAUGGGGUUUUUUCUUGGUGUUAAAACACAGCAGCUGCUCCGCAGAGUCUUCAGUCCAUCAGCAGCAGUGAGAUGGCGAGCAGCUCAGACCAGACUCUUCUGCAGCCCCUCACCAGAUGAAGAAAAGCCCAGACCGUCCAUGCUGCGGCACCUGACCUCCAAAAUAAAAGCCACAGGUCCGAUUUCAGUGGCUGAGUACAUGAGGGAGGUGCUCACCAACCCCGUGACGGGUUAUUAUGUGAGGAACAACAUGCUGGGACCAGAUGGAGAUUUCAUCACAUCACCAGAAAUCAGUCAGAUAUUUGGAGAGCUGCUCGGUGUGUGGAUCAUCAGCGAGUGGAUGGGAGCAGGUGGACCCAAACAGCUGCAGCUGGUCGAGCUCGGACCUGGAAAAGGAUCAUUGGCCAGUGACAUCCUCAGAGUGUUCAGUCAGUUGCAGUCGGUUCUGGGUCAAGUCUCAGUGUCACUCCACCUGGUCGAGGUGAGUCCGGCUCUCAGUCAGCUUCAGGCCGAGAGUCUGACCAGGAACCACAGCAGGGAGGCAGAGGACGAGCUGGUUUACUGCCGAGGGGAAACUGCAGCCGGCCUGCCCGUGUCCUGGUACCGCCGCUUAGACGACGUCCCCACAGGUUUCAGCAUCUUUCUUGCUCAUGAGUUCUUUGACGCGCUGCCCAUCCACAAAUUUCAGAGGACGGAGAAAGGCUGGAGGGAGGUGAUGGUGGACAUCGACCCCGACAAGCCGGACCAGCUGAGGUUUGUCGUAACGCCGUCUCCUACCCUGGCCUCGUCCACACUCGUCCAGGCAGAUGAAAGGCGGAAUCAUGUGGAGGUGUGUGCAGAGGGCGGGGUCAUCAUCCAGCAGCUGGCCCGGCGGAUCGCAGAGGACGGCGGCGCAGCCCUGAUCGCCGACUACGGCCACAAUGGAACAAAGACGGACACGUUCAGGGGCUUUAAAGGUCACCAGCUCCAUGACGUCCUGGCCUCCCCCGGUUCGGCCGACCUCACCGCUGACGUGGACUUCAGCUACCUGCGGAGGAUGGCUGGAGCGGGCGUGGUCUGUCUGGGACCCGUCACUCAGAGGACGUUCCUGAAGAACAUGGGCAUUGACACACGACUACAGGUUCUGCUGAGGAACUGCAGCGACCCGUCCACCAGGAAGCAGCUGAUCAGCAGCUACGACAUGCUGACCAACCCCGCCAAGAUGGGCGAGCGCUUCCACUUCUUCAGCCUGCUGCACCACAGCCGCCUCGCCAAACCCAAGAAACCAGAGGGGCUGACGCUGGAGAAGAAGAGCCCAGCACCGCUGCCGGUGGCCGGAUUCACCGAGCUCAGCUUCUCCUGAGGGUUUCCCAGACAAUUUCAUCAGCAGUUGUUUCCAGAAAAGUCUGGAAACAACUGGAAACUUUUCUAGUCCAGUGUGGGAGCUGGGACCGACAUUAGAGGAUAUCUGAGAGAGUCCAGCAGCUCCACAUACUGAGAACUGAAGGGUCAUGUUCGUUGGACAGUGUUGUUUUUACAGCUGAUAUUUAAAAAUGUGCAGUAUCGACACGUGUUUACAAUAUUGCAGUACUCACCCGGGCUUUACCUCCAACAUGAUGUGAACUAAAAAUACAGUUUCUCUUGAAGUCGAUUGUAAAGGCAUUUUAAUCUAAAAAAAAAAAAAAAAACAUGCAAGAAAAUAAAAAUUGUGUGUUUUUGACAUUUAUUGUUUAAUUGGUAAUAAACACAUUUACCUAAUGACAUAAAAGAUACUACUUUUAUUUUCAAAAUCCAAGCAAUUUAUCAAAUUCUACAAUUUUGAAGCCUGAUCCUUAAAAUUCAGAGCGCACUGAUACCUGAUAUCAAGCGACUGGACUAAACUGUGACACCACGUUAUGUCAAAGGUCGUCCCGCUGCAGGAGGAUCUUUUUCCUCCCUCGUACGCCGUCGCUCGGACGGCUGCCUCCGUCCACAUCUUGAAGCAGUUAGCUGAGCUCACAGUUGUGCGGCAGCCAUUCACAACGAGCCUGCCACUCCUCCGGUAGCAAUUAAAAUAUUCAGUUACACAUGUGGGGGGUCGCCUCUGCCAAAACAAGCAGCCGCCCUCCAGAGGAGCGGCAGAGCGAGGCG